AUCAUCUCUCUCUAUCAAGCCGCGAACAUGCCUUUAUGUAGCGCUCGUGUACACGAGCUUGUCCACGUCUUACCCACUCGGAGUUGCUUCCGUGGCACGCGACUCGCUUUUCUGCACCGUUACCCCACAAAAAACCGCCUUCUAGCUGCCAAUGACGUCGAGGGAUGCAGAAAAGACUCUUGUGGUCGAGGAAGUAGUGCGAGCGGACGAUAUAGCAUCGAACGCGGUGCUCUCUGAGGAGCCAUACAGCGCAUUCACGGUCAACGAGAAGUGGGCUAUCGUGUUACUCAUUGCGACCGGGGCGUUCUUCAGUCCGCUCUCAGCCAAUAUCUACUUUCCCGUGAUACCCACCAUCGCAAAGGCGUUCCACAAGUCAAUAGAGCUUAUCAACCUGACGGUGACACUGAACAUGGUCUUUCAAGGGCUGACGCCCAUGAUCUGGGGGAGUCUGUCCGACACCUACGGUCGCAGACACAUCUUCAUCUCCUGCCUCGUGAUCCUCUCGCUGUCUUGCGUCGGCCUCGCGCUCACCCCGACGUCGGCGUACUGGCUGCUCCUCUUUCUGCGGUGUUUCCAGGCUGCUGGGUCUGCGAGCACCAUUGCCCUCGGCGCAGGUGUGAUCGGGGACAUCUCGACGCGUGCGGAGCGGGGUGGGUUCUUUGGGUUAUUCAGCAUUGGGCCCAUGGUCGGACCGACUCUGGGGCCGGUGCUUGCCGGUGUGUUCGCCGACAAGCUGGGCUGGAGGUGUGUUGGUGUCUGGGCGUUGGUUCUGCCGCUUGAUGUCGUCCCCGUGCAUAGAGCGAUCUUCUGGUUCCUGUGCAUCUCCUCGGGUAUAUGCGCCGUGGUUCUCAUCCUGUUUCUGCCCGAAACACUGCGCACCAUCGUUGGCAAUGGGAGCAUCCCGCCGCCCAAGAUAUACAACGCCGUCAUCCCCAUCAUCGGCCGCACGGCUAGACGCUCGCCGGCUAGUUCCUCCAGCAGUACUGGACGCAACACAUUCCAGAAUCCGCUGCUCAUUCUGCUGCAAGUCGACAUCCUGAUUCUACUCCUGAUCAACGCCCUCAACUUUGCCGUGUUCUACGGAGUCACAACAAGUAUUUCGAGCGUGUUUGUCGACGCGUAUCCUCACCUGACGGAUACGGAGCUGGGAUUGUGUUUCCUGCCCAUCGGCGCGGGGCUCAUCCUUGGCUCUGUGUUCCACGGAAAGAUUCUCAACUGGGAGUACCGGCGGUUGAAGCGCAAAGCGAAAGAUGUACACGAAGAUGAUUUCCCGAUCGAGAAGGCGCGGCUGCGCUCGCUGCCGUUUCUGCUGGCGUCGUUCGUCGGGUGUACGGUCGGAUACGGAUGGUGUUUGCAGGCGAAGACGCACAUCUCCGGGCCGCUUCUGCUUCUUGUCGGCAUUGGCCUGGUGGUCAUCUCCGUGAUGAACUCGAUCCAGACGCUCAUGCUGGACCUCAUGCCCAGCCAAAGUUCCGCGGUGACAGCAUGCAACAACCUCAUCCGAUGCUCGCUCGGCGCAGGUCUCGUGUCGGGCAUUGCGCCGCUGCUGGGCGCUCUUAGGCCCGGCUUCACGUACCUGCUGCUGGGCGGGCUGGCUGGGCUGAUGAUCCCGGUGGUGUAUCUCGUCAUCCACGUUGUUGGCCCACGGUGGAGGAGGAAGAGACAAGGACUGGCCUCAGGGAAUGCAUUGGCGCUGCAUUAAUUUUGUAUUCUGAGUAUGCUUUAUAGUAUGCAUCUGCUGGCGCUCGGAAAUCAGGGGCACCAGCGGCUGGAAUGCAAAUCUGAGUGUCGUGUGGAUGUGCCAGCUGGAAUACAAAAUCUGGCAAAGCAAGUUACAAGGCGAGACCAGUGGGCUGCAGUUCUCGCUGGAGACAUCGCUUGUCUUGGGUGGAGGGCAUCGAGCAUCGUUCUCUUCAAGGAACUGUCGCUCAGAAACGGCGAAAGCAUGUUAUGCCGGAUGACAAGCCUCCCAAGUGCCCUCCGAUGUGAGGAGUAGACAAUGCAACUAGCCCACAUUGUAGAUUUGAUCCUCAACGUAGGAAGCUGUUGGCAUUGGAACAAACAGCUCAUCUGUUUGCUGACCUGAAGACAGGAUGCGCGGUCACGUGAGGGCCAAAUAUCUUCGCAUUGGUGCGUCACGCGUGCCGUGGAUUCAGGUUCAUACAAGUGUCCUUAGUGCUACGAGAGGAAUUUAUAAGAUAUAUUCGCUUAAUAAACUCGGUCACACAGCCGAAUACCACACCUCAGACCGCUCUUCCGCGGUCUUGCCGCUCGGCUCCCCCUCGAGCGUCCCCGAUCCCCACAACCCACCGACAAAUCCGAAGCCUCGAACACGACCCUCGUGGAUAUCAAAC